CUGGCUUUUUUGCCCGUGGACGCCGCCGAGUAAGCAUCGUUAAAGUCUCCCCUCCCACCGCCGUCAUGUCUAAGUCAGAGUCUCCCAAAGAGCCUGAACAGCUGCGGAAGCUCUUCAUCGGAGGUUUGAGCUUUGAAACAACCGAUGAGAGUCUGAGGAGCCAUUUUGAGCAAUGGGGAACACUUACGGACUGUGUGGUAAUGAGAGAUCCAAACACCAAGCGCUCCAGAGGCUUUGGCUUUGUCACGUAUGCCACUGUGGAGGAGGUGGAUGCAGCCAUGAACGCAAGACCACACAAGGUGGAUGGGAGAGUUGUGGAACCAAAGAGGGCUGUCUCAAGAGAAGAUUCUCAAAGACCUGGUGCCCACUUAACUGUGAAAAAGAUUUUUGUUGGUGGCAUUAAAGAAGACACUGAAGAACAUCAUCUAAGAGAUUAUUUUGAACAGUAUGGGAAAAUUGAAGUGAUCGAGAUCAUGACUGACCGGGGCAGUGGCAAAAAGAGAGGUUUUGCUUUUGUAACAUUUGAUGACCAUGACUCUGUAGACAAGAUUGUCAUUCAAAAAUACCAUACUGUGAAUGGCCACAACUGUGAAGUAAGGAAAGCCCUAUCUAAGCAAGAGAUGGCUAGUGCUUCAUCCAGCCAAAGAGGUCGAAGUGGUUCUGGAAACUUUGGUGGUGGUCGUGGAGGUGGUUUUGGUGGGAAUGACAACUUUGGUCGUGGAGGGAACUUCAGUGGUCGAGGUGGCUUUGGUGGCAGUCGAGGUGGUGGUGGAUAUGGUGGCAGUGGGGAUGGCUAUAACGGAUUUGGUAAUGAUGGUGGUUAUGGAGGAGGCGGCCCUGGUUACUCUGGAGGAAGCAGAGGCUAUGGAAGUGGUGGACAGGGUUAUGGAAACCAGGGCAGUGGCUAUGGCGGGAGUGGCAGCUAUGACAGCUAUAACAACGGAGGAGGCGGAGGCGGCUAUGGCGGUGGUAGUGGAAGCAACUUUGGAGGUGGCGGAAGCUAUAAUGAUUUUGGCAAUUACAACAAUCAAUCCUCAAAUUUUGGACCCAUGAAAGGAGGAAAUUUUGGAGGCAGAAGCUCUGGCCCCUAUGGUGGUGGAGGCCAAUACUUUGCCAAACCACGAAACCAAGGUGGCUAUGGUGGUUCCAGCAGCAGCAGUAGCUAUGGCAGUGGCAGAAGGUUUUAAUUACUGCCAGGAAACAAAGCUUAGCAGGAGAGGAGAGCCAGAGAAGUGACAGGGAAGCUACAGGUUACAACAGAUUUGUGAACUCAGCCAAGCACAGUGGUGGCAGGGCCUAGCUGCUACAAAGAAGACAUGUUUUAGACAAUACUCAUGUGUAUGGGCAAAAAACUCGAGGACUGUAUUUGUGACUAAUUGUAUAACAGGUUAUUUUAGUUUCUGUUCUGUGGAAAGUGUAAAGCAUUCCAACAAAGGGUUUUAAUGUAGAUUUUUUUUUUUUUUUUGCACCCAUGCUGUUGAUUGCUAAAUGUAAUAGUCUGAUCAUGACGCUGAAUAAAUGUGUCUUUUUUUAAA